UUUUAUUGAAGAAGCUCCGGCUGCCCCCUCUCAUCGCCAGCAGCCCGGCGGCGGGGCUCUCCUAAGAGGGAGCCCCUUCUCAGGCCAGGCAGGACAGCAGUGCUAGGACAUUUGAAAAAGCAGGAAACAGCCACUGCAUGCAGAGCUCCCAGCCUCCCAGCCCCCCAGGCUAGUCUUCCAAGCAGCCGUGUAGCCAGAGAUCUUUGGUAUUGUGGUCACAUCCCUCCUCACAAGUGAAACAGGCACCGGCGGCGACACUGGGAAGAAGCCGUGAUGUUGCAGAUGUUGUGGCCUUUUCUGUCUAGCUUUCUCCCUAGGGCUGGGUGCCAAGGCUCCAGAGAGGGGAACGAUAACGAAGUCAGAGGCACCCCGGCUCCAGCUCGGGGACACCAGAUGUCAAGCUUUUUGGGGAAACAGGAUGGAAGGGCUGAGGCCCCGGAAAAGAGACCCACCAUUUUGCUGGUGGUCGGACCUGCAGAGCAAUUUCCUAAGAAAAUCGUGCAAGCUGGAGAUAAAGACCUCGAUGGGCAGCUCGACUUUGAAGAAUUCGUCCAUUAUCUGCAAGAUCACGAGAAGAAGCUGAGGCUGGUGUUCAAGAGUUUGGACAAGAAGAAUGAUGGAAGGAUUGACGCUCAGGAGAUCAUGCAGUCCCUGCGGGACCUGGGGGUCAAGAUCUCCGAACAGCAGGCAGAAAAAAUCCUCAAGAGAAUACGAACGGGCCACUUCUGGGGCCCUGUCACCUACAUGGAUAAAAACGGCACGAUGACCAUCGACUGGAACGAGUGGCGGGACUACCACCUGCUGCAUCCCGUGGAGAACAUCCCCGAGAUCAUCCUCUACUGGAAGCACUCCACGAUCUUUGACGUGGGUGAGAAUCUGACGGUCCCCGAUGAAUUCACAGUGGAGGAGAGGCAGACGGGGAUGUGGUGGAGACACCUCGUGGCCGGAGGUGGGGCAGGGGCCGUGUCCAGGACUUGCACGGCGCCCCUGGACAGACUCAAGGUGCUCAUGCAGGUCCACGCCUCCCGCAGCAACAACAUGUGCAUCGUGGGCGGGUUCACCCAGAUGAUCCGAGAAGGGGGGGCCAGAUCCCUCUGGCGGGGCAACGGCAUCAACGUCCUCAAAAUUGCCCCGGAGUCAGCCAUCAAAUUCAUGGCCUAUGAACAGAUCAAGCGUCUGGUGGGGAGUGACCAGGAGACUCUGAGGAUCCACGAGAGGCUUGUGGCAGGCUCCUUGGCUGGGGCCAUCGCGCAGAGCAGCAUCUAUCCAAUGGAGGUUCUGAAGACCCGGAUGGCCCUGCGCAAGACAGGCCAGUACUCAGGCAUGCUGGACUGUGCCAGGAAGAUCCUGGCCAGAGAGGGCGUGGCCGCCUUCUACAAAGGCUACGUCCCCAACAUGCUGGGGAUCAUCCCCUACGCCGGGAUCGACCUAGCCGUCUACGAGACGCUCAAGAACGCCUGGCUGCAGCGCUACGCGGUGAACAGCGCGGACCCCGGCGUGUUCGUGCUCCUGGCCUGCGGCACCAUGUCCAGCACGUGCGGUCAGCUGGCCAGCUACCCCCUGGCCCUGGUCAGGACCCGGAUGCAGGCCCAAGCCUCCAUCGAGGGCGCACCGGAGGUGACCAUGAGCAGCCUUUUCAGACAGAUCCUGCGGACCGAGGGCGCCUUUGGCCUGUACCGGGGUCUGGCCCCCAACUUCAUGAAGGUGAUCCCGGCCGUGAGCAUCAGCUACGUGGUUUAUGAGAACCUGAAGAUCACCCUGGGCGUGCAGUCGCGGUGAUGGGACAGGGGUGCGACCCCACCUCGCUCGGUGGACUCCCGGAUCCUGGGCCCGCAGCCCCGGGAUGUGCAGCCAUCUCAUUCUGUGAAUGUGCCAACACUAAGCUGACCGAAGCCAAGCUGUGAAAAGCCUGGGGUGCGCCCGCUAGGGAGUGGGGGAAGGCCUGGCAGGCCCACCGGCCGUGUCCCGCUGACCUCGGCCGGCUGUUGUGUCCAUUCUGGGGGCCAGCAGGACACAGGCACGCGCACACAGGGACAGGACGCUUCCUGUGGUGCCUGCCACAUAGCGGGGCUCCGAGCCAGCUUGGCUCUUCCACCUCGCAGCCAGACCACCAGCCACAGGCCCUGCCCCCCGGCCCGCUGGGCAUCUACCCCGUGCCCGCCUGCCUGCCUUCCUCGCUGCCGUGUUAAUAUGGCCGGAGGGGGGCUGCUGGCCUGCUCCCCGUGUUCCUUCGUGCUCCUCUCCCCUCAGUCCGUGGGGAACUCACACCCUGGCUUCCUGGCCCAUGGUGACCCUGGGGGAAGAGGGAGGAGUCUGGCUUUCGUGCUCACCCUCCUCGGACUCCUCGGAGCCCUGCUGUUGGCUUCUGAGCUCCCCAAGGCGGGCGGGCGCCUGGAUGAGCGAGUGCAUGCAGGGGGCAAGGCCACGCCCCGCCACCGGCCGCCCGGCGUCCUGGCGCAUGGCUUCACGGAAGGCAAAUACUGGGUCCCGCGACGCAGAAGGCCUCUCUGCUCCUGCUGCCGGGGUGUCUUGGGGCUCUGAGCUGGCCCCAGACUCUGUCAGGCCUGGCCCCAGCUCAGAGCCAACUCCCCGUCCCCUGCUCUGGAGUGAGAGCAGUGAGGUGUCACGCGGCUACAGGAAGGGGGUCCGCGGCCCGUGUCCCGCGAGUCCCGGGGAGAGAAGGAAAAGGUUCUUAAAGGCCUUAAUUAUGUAUCUUUGGGAAAAGGGUUUUGUUCAGAAGGACACGCUGGACAAAUGUGCAAGUUCUGUGCUUCCAGAGGGAAGACAGAGGGGGUCAAAAGCCUGGCUGACUGCAUUAUAGUCUCUUUCUGACGCCCCCCCCGCCCGGGGAUUCGUGUCCAAUCCCAAUCGGGGGCAAAGUGGGACCAGCCUCACAUUCCACCGAUGCAGGGUGUCACACUGCUUGGAGCCUAUUUAUUUCAUAUUUAUUUGAACAGAGUUAUGUCCUAACUAUUUUUAUAGAUUUGUUUAAUUAAUAGCCUGUCAUUUUCAAGUUCAUUUUGUAUUCAUAUUUAUGUUCAUGGUUGAUUGUACCUUCCCAGCACCCUCCAGGUGGGGUGGGGAGAGGAAGGAGGGGCCGUGGGAAUGAGCUUUCCCGCCACUGGCCGCACUGACGUCAAGUCUGUCCAAAGAAAUUCCUCUCGGAACUGGCGACAGAGGAAAGGUCAGGGCGGGCAGGCCCUGGUCAGGGGGAGGUGGCCUCUGGCAGGUUUGGAACGGGGCUUGCACCCCAGGAAGCCUUAGGAUCUGAGGGUCUGGCCAGGGGCGGGAAGAGUGGCAGAAAUCUCCAUUCCAUUGAACGGGGAAGUCCAAAUCGUGUCUUGGACUGGGAGCAUCUCUUGAUUUCAUCCUUUAGACUGACAGAGGCGCCGAGGGGCAUAUCACUGUGAGUUUGCGGGGGCGGGGGGGGGGGGGCUGCAGGAGAGGGCAGCUGGCUCCCGGCCCUCCGCCUGUGAAGUAGGCUCCCUCCCUCCCAGGCCCCUCCCCACGGCCCUUGCCACUCCUGCUCAGCAAUGCUGGCCUCCUUGGCGACCUCACACGGUCGCGCUUCCAUUCCACCAGAAUGGCCUGGUGAGGACGAUUCAAAUAGGAUGCAAAGAUCAAUGCAAAAAUUAUUGUCUUAUCUAAAUCUAGUGAUAACUGGAAUUUGUGAAAAAACAAAUUAAGACAGAAUUGGAAGUUGUCAUGUAAAACAGCGUUCUAAUAAAGUUGUUUCAAAGCUGA